CACGUAUCAACUUUCCACCACACUGGGACCGAACAAAAUAAUAAUGCAGAACAUUCAUCUACUUCCCAAGCUACGGGCGUGGCUGAUCAUGCUGAGACACGUGGCAGUCAAAAACAUGAAGACAAAGGCUCGGCUUCAGGGGAUCAAAUGCCAGAAUUGCAUGCACGACGUAGUACACGCUCGCGGAAGGCACCGGUUUGGCAGAAAGAUUAUGAGGUGCAACUCAAUACUAUGAAAGUACACACUCCGCCCGUUUUUCACACCAAACCAACGGUUGAAUCAGCAAUUUCAUCACACAAGGAACCACACACUUUUCACGAGGCAGCACGUGACCCACUCUGGCGGGCAGCCAUACAACGAGAACUUGCGGCUUUGGAACGUACAGGCACAUGGAAAAUGCAAGAUUUACCGCCCGAUAAGAAACCUAUUUAUUGUAAAUGGGUCUAUAAAAUUAAGUACAGAAGCGAUGGUACCGUUGAUCGACACAAGGCCCGUCUAGUGGUGUGUGGUAAUAGACAAGUGCAGGGAAUAGACUACGACGAGACCUUUGCACCUGUGGGCAAAAUGGUUACCGUGCGCACUAUGCUAUCCAUUGCUGCUUCUCGAGAUUGGGAGAUACAUCAAAUGGAUGUGGAUAACGCUUUUCUUCAUGGCGACCUUAAAGAAGAGGUAUACAUGCAUCCGCCUCCUGGUUAUUCUCCUUCUUAACCUGGACAGGUGUGCAGAUUACUUCAUUCUCUCUAUGGUUUGCGUCAAGCACCCCGUUGUUUUUUUUCCAAGUUAACCAGUGCUCUUCUCACUUAUGGAUUUCGCCAGUCCCAUGCUGAUUAUUCUUUAUUCACUCUUCAUCGAGGGGGACAUAUCUUGUGCAUAUUGGUGUAUGUUGAUGAUUUACUUAUCAUAGGUUCUAAUCCUGUGAUGAUUUCCAUUUUUAAAACAUACUUAGCUAAAAUAUUUCUUGUCAAAGAUUUGGGGCACAUGAAAUAUUUUCUUGGGCUGGAAAUAGCAAGAGGCAAGAAAGGAAUUUUUUUAUGUCAACACAAGUAUGUUUUGGAUAUUCUUGAUGAAACAGGGUUAACCGGAGCCAAGCCUGCAAUGUUUCCUAUGCCCCAAAACCACAUACUUCAGGCUGAUGAGGGUCCAUUUUUUUCAGAACCUGAUCGCUAUCGACGCUUAGUGGGCAAGCUUAUUUAUCUCACACUCACACGCCCCGAUAUUAAUUAUUCUGUGCAUAUUCUUUCUCAAUUUAUGCAAGCACCUCGACUUGCGCAUUGGGAUGCUGUUAUACGGGUUCUUCGCUACCUCAAAUAUCAUCCUGGUCAAGGGGUUCUUCUUAGACGUCACUCAUCUCUUACUCUUGUUGGCUAUUGUGACUCUGAUUGGGCUAGUUGUCCCACUAAGCGUCGUUCAAUUACAGGUUAUUUUGUCACACUUGGGGGCUCUCCUAUUUCUUGGAGGACGAAGAAGCAGGCUACGGUAUCACGUUCGUCUGCUGAAGCUGAGUACCGGUCCAUGGCAACACUUACUUGUGAACUACUCUGGCUCAAAAGUCUUCUUUCUUCGUUACGUAUUACUCUUCCCCCAAUUCGGCUCCUGUGUGACAAUAAAGCUGCUAUUCACAUCGCAUCAAAUCCAAUGUUUCAUGAACGCAUUAAACACAUUGAGCUGGAUUGCCACUUUAUCCGUGACCAUGUGCGUUCUGGUGUGAUCAUUCCUUCACACAUUUCUACUACGGAGCAAUUAGCGGAUUUAUUUACUAAAGCCCUUGGUGCUUCUCAGUUCCAUUAUUUGCUUGCCAAGAUGGGCAUUCAAGACCCCCAUGCUCCAUCUUGAGGGGGUAUUGGAG